AUGUCGCAUAGAAAAUUCGAAAGGCCGCGCCACGGCUCUCUCGGGUUUUGCCCCAGGAAGCGGUGCCGCCGUCAUAGGGGUAAAGUAAAGGCUUUCCCUAAAGAUGACCCAUCAAAGCCACCCCAUUUGACUGCCUUCAUGGGGUAUAAGGCCGGCAUGACGCACAUUGUACGCGAGGUAGAGCGCCCAGGAUCAAAGCUUCACAAGAAGGAGGUUGUUGAGGCGGUUACCAUCGUAGAAUCUCCGCCUAUGGUUUGCGUCGGUGUUGUCGGUUAUAUUGAAACUCCUCGAGGUCUACGUGCGCUUUCAACAGUAUGGGCUGGGCAUUUGAGUGAAGAAUGCCGCAGACGUUUCUAUAAGAAUUGGUAUAAGAGCAAGAAGAAGGCUUUCACUCGAUAUUCAAAGAAAUAUGCAGAAAAUAACAAAAUGCAAGAAGAAAUCGAUACUAUUAAACAACAUUGCUCAGUUAUUCGUGCAAUUUGUCACACACAACCCAGCAAAACCCCUACUGGACUUCGCAAGGCGCAUAUCAUGGAAAUUCAAGUAAACGGAGGAAGUGUUGCUGAAAAGGUUGAUUUCGUGACGAAGAUGUUUGAAUCACCUGUCCCGAUCAGCGCCGUGUUUGAACAAGAUGAGAUGUUGGACGUAAUCGGAGUAACGAAGGGCCACGGAGUAAAGGGUGUUGUUUCUCGUUUCGGUGUGACUCGUCUGCCUCGCAAGACCCACAGAGGUUUAAGAAAAGUUGCAUGUAUCGGAGCCUGGCAUCCAGCUCGUGUUCAAUUCCAAGUGCCCCGCCACGGUCAGAAGGGAUACUUCCAUCGUACAGAGAUGAACAAGAAAGUCUACAGAAUCGGCGUUGGAAGCGACCCGAGAAACGGCUCUACAGAUGCAGAUCUGACGGAGAAGAGAAUUACCCCUAUGGGUGGCUUCCCUCAUUAUGGCGAAGUUCGUAGCGACUUCAUCAUGAUCAAGGGCUGCAUUGUGGGUUCUAAGAAGAGGCCUAUUACCAUGAGGAAGACCCUUGUACCUCGCACUUCCAGAAGAGCUCUUGAAAAUAUCCAUCUUAAAUUCAUUGAUACUUCUUCUAAGUUCGGUCAUGGUCGCUUCCAGACAUCUGAGGAAAAGGCGAAGUUCUACGGGCCUCUUAAGAGAACUGCUGCUCUGUAA